AAGAAGAUGUUGCGGGCUGCCGGCGUCUACGGCAACUCUAACAACGUGCGCAACAACCGCCGCAUCGAAAUCGCCUACCUCCGAGAGCAGCUAGAGAAGCUUCAGAUCGACCUGGAAGUGCUCAAGAAGCAGAAGGGAGAAGGCUCCACGCGUAGAACGAAGACGAGAGCUGCUCCACCAGCAGAGCUGCACAACCAGACCCGUCAUGUGCCAAGUGCCGAGGCUAUUGUCGCUGUGAACGCGCCCACGAUGUCGACUGUGUGGGUGAACAUUGCCGACAGCCAGCGAUGCCGCAGGAAGAAGGCGGAGUGCGAGAAAAUCCGUCUGAAGAUGGUGAUUGAGCACCAGCAGAAGGUGGCGGACAACUUGCGUGCGUUGCUGCAGAAGCAAGCGAGUCAAUUGAAUUCGGAGUGUUUGUUCUUCACGGAAGGGAAUAGCUUGAAAUCAAGUGCGCUGGACGUGCGUGGACAUUUGGGCGAGUUCCACGGCCUCUUCCGUCACUUGGAUAACGCGUAUCAAGAGUUGGGUGCGGUUUUCGUAGCAAACGGCUUGAAUGAUGUGGUGAUGACUCAUAGUGAC